AUGACGAAUAUUCACGACUGCGCGCUCAACGAUACGAAUCAAGACGACGUUGCUCCAGGCUUGAUGCCACGACAUACGAUUUUCUUGGUUUUCUUCGCUUCGCACAGGCUAUCGAAUUGCAGUUACAGCAAAAGGCUUGCAAACCGGACCGGAUCCAAUAAUAGCAACGCUUCUUUGCGAAAGGUCGAUAACACCAACAACAAUCAUCGCCCGUCCCCUCGAGGCUCAUCGCGGCGCCAAAGGGAGACGGCUGGCAUGGAAAUGGAGGAGAGAUGGGACUCGAAUCAACAGAAUAAAAGAAGCUGGGCAUCGCAGAAAGAACCAUCUUGCUGGGCAAGAUACGAUGCAGAGACCUCUGGCCACAGUCUUGGAAUCUCUGCUAUCACACUCAUGAUAAUCCCCGCUCGACUUACGCGGGCGCGAACGAACCCAAAUCAGGCCAUGCUGAUUACCCCACCUGGACACAAGUACGACACUACGGAAACCUGCGAGUCGGGACUGGAUGUGAACGGAACGUUGUUACCGGGCUGGGGGUCAUUGUAUGGAACCUGGGGAAGGGGGGUCGCGCCUGUGGCAGCUUCGAGGAGGGGUGGAACAGACCCCGCCGUCGCCGAAGAAGAUUCGGAGAAGCAUUAA